AUGUCGUCUCGAGACGACCAAUUACCCUCAUCGUCACAAUUUUAUCCACCGCAGUCAGCUCAGCGAGUUCGCUCCCUAUUCGGAGGACCUAGCAGCGAUGUUGGCCCACGCUCAUCCCCACAGCUAGAGCUGGAAGAGCUUGGGGAAGACCGGGAACUUGAUGGCCAGCCCGUGAAAGAAAACGAGCUCAGGGAUGGUGACUUUGAGUUAAUGCUAGGUGACUUUCAAAAGUAUGCGGACGACUCUGCCGAUGAAGAUUACCGCGACAGUGGCAGCGACGACGAUGUGCCCAGGCCAGAUCAUCGCCGCGGCCGAUCCAGAAGAUCCUCAGCGACUGCGUCUAAUACUACUGAAGACCAGUCUAUGAUAGAUGAGCCAGAGCCACAAAUCAUAUACUCUCUUCGUCGUGAGAAUGAUCUCUCGGAGGAUUCCGAACGUCCCAACCGAUGGGCUGGAACCCCGUCUGCAUAUUACAGAGCCAUUGCGCAAGAACGAGGUGUUUACGACAGUCUGGCUUCCAAUGGAUCUCGAAAUCUUUCCAAUCAUCUCUAUAACGCAUACGCGCUCCGCCACUCAUCUAAAGUAUACCGGGAAGGGACAUUAGAAACUGAAGAAGCUGAAGAUGACGAAGUAGCGGCUUUUCGCAAACGAUGGGUCGCGUGGCCGAUGUCUGCGGCCACAGUCCCAUGUCCAAGCGAGCCUUUGUAUCGAAAGCAGGCUGAUCUCGGCAUAUACGGAAAGCCUGCUGAUUUCCGGCCCAGUGCUGAUCUUGAGGACUCCAUUAUCGCCAGUAUGAUGAACACAGCGCAGCAACGGUUCAAAGCUCGCGAAUGGGACAAUGAUGGUCUGAAAAUCAACCCCGAGAAGCGCACCGCCGGCCCGGAUGACAUGGACACGAUGGAUGAAGAUAAGAAAGAUCAUGAUGAUGCACAUUUGGGAGCACCGGUCCUCAAACCGGUCAUACAAUCUGACGACGAUAUCUCUCGACGGCAAUUACUGCCUCUUUCCCGCAACGUGAUAACUCAAGUUGAUAAGCUUUUGAUGGGACUACAUCAUUCUAUCAGGAAUAGAGUUGAUGACAUUGAGUCAAGCGAUGACUCUGCGACAGAUGAAGAUGCCUCCUCGUCUGGUCGAUCAAAGGGAAACAGGAAAGGCAGAGGCCGGGGUAGAACUCAAUCUCGAGGUCGAAAACGGGCCAGAAGGGGUUCCCGUAGUGAACGGGAAUCCAAUUCUCGACGCAAUCAGCGUCUAUCUGCUAUUGGAGACCAAGGUAUAGAGGGAGACAAGGAGGAAGACGGUGAGAAUGAAAUGCGACCCACCAUGCUCGAUCGAAUGGCCUUACGCGACUGGAGCGAGGUUAUGGGCGUGGCUUCCAUGAUUGGUCUUCCAGCAGGCGCAGUCAAACGCGCGUCACGGCGAUGUGCCGACCUCUUCAAUCAAGACAUGACAUUCCGAACUCUCCAAGAAGGACGCAUGGAACCGGUCAGUCGGUUGCCGGGCUCUAAAUUACAAUACGCCUACAUUGAGGAUGAGAUAGGAAGCGGAACCGGCCCUGCACAGAAACCUCGAGCUCCUUCCAGAGUCCCUCCAAGCCAAUCCAAGAAGGCUCAUUCGACCAUUCUGGCCUUAUCUCAAGGUACUGGCCCUCAGCCACAGUCAUUCCCGGCUGGUGUUCCAGCAUCGUCUUUCCCAGCCCCUUCAAGCUCGGCUGCGCUGCCAACUUUCCCCAAUACUGAUGGAGCAGCACCUCGAAAGCCGGAUGGCCAUUAUUGUCCUUUCCCGACAUGCAAGCAGCACACACAUCCGUUCCCACGGAUAUGGAAUUUCAAGCUUCACUUGGAGAGAAAGCAUCCGGAAUACUAUGAGACUGUCAAGGACUCGCUGGUCAUACGGAAGAAGAAGUCAUAA